AUGGACCUGACAUCACGCGUGUCACAGAUCUUCCUGCUGUUGCCACUUGCAAGCGAGGCAGAUGACUCGUUGGUGUCAACAAUGGGGUGGCAUGCAGCAUGCAAGGUGUGGGGCAAGUUGAUGGACCCAGGCAUGCAGGCAGCACCUGUCUUGGUCAUGAACUUCCACCCGGGCAGUGACCUCGUAAUGUAG